AUGUCUGCUGAAUUAUUAAGCCAAGUAUCUGAUCGGAUAUGUCAAGCGAAAUCGUGGGAUGACAGUGCGAGAACCAAACCAUUCGGAGGAGUCAAUAUCAUCUUUUCAGGAGACAUCGGGCAACUGCGUCCUCCAAAGUCAAACACUUUAUACAGCCAUGCAUUAGUAAGGCAACUUGCUCCUGCAAUGACACAGACAGCUAGAGGUCAAUCAGCACUCCAUGGUGCUUUUUUAUGGCGGCAGGUGGAUACCGUCGUCGAACUUAAACAAAAUUUGCAUGCUAAAAAUGACGCUGCU